CGGUUGGAAACUACGAAAAUGCAUGCGCUGAGUACGAUAAUUUGGCACCGCUGGCUCAGACCGUCAGACGUAAACACUGAACAGCCAACACGUGCAGCCCUGCUGGCCGGGGCCGCACACCUUUACGUCCACCACACGCCCGGGCCACGGCCCCAACACUAUCACCACCAUGUCCAUGGCAGAGCCCAGGAGGAGGAAGAAGAUGACGCUUAAUCCUCGAGGAACCCUUUGGGCCAAUGAUGACAACAAGUUUGGACAGAAGUUGAUGGAGAAGAUGGGGUGGUCAAAGGGAAGUGGCCUGGGCCGAGAGCAGCAAGGCAUCAAGGAACACUUAACUGUCAAGUUCAAGGAUGACAAUAAAGGUAUUGGCUUUGCGGGAAGUGAUGAUGAGUGGAUCAAGCAUUAUGAAGGAUUUGAGAGUGUCCUGGCCAACCUCAACAGCCAAGAAAACAUCACUGUCAAUGCCAGUGGUGAUGGGCAACCAAAUGACAACAAAGUCACCAAAACCUCCCUGGAAAGCUCCUCCAAAGCCUCAAAAGCAAGAGUCCAUUAUCACAAGUUCACAAGAGGCAAAGAUUUGAGCCAGUGCAGUGAAGAUGACCUGGGCUGCAUCCUGGGGUCGAAACGAGCCAAGCAGCUGGCCGAGACUAAGACUGCUGAAGUGGAUUUGCCAGAGCCUGAAGAUGAAGUGGGCACCGUAGAACACUCCAUGGGCGUUACCACCAUCAAGGGUUGCUCCAUACAGGAAUACUUCGCGCAGAAAAUGGAAUCCCUGAGGAAUGGUGUAAAAAAUCAACCCCAGCCUCAGGAAGGAGGGAAUGAGUAUGUGUCUGAAGAGACUGUAGAGAGGCCUGGCUUUGGGGCCGGCUGUGAUGGUAGAGAAGACCUUUCCAACUUCGCAGCUGCUGAGGAAGAAGUGGGAGAAAAGAAGAAGAAGAAGAAGAAAAAGAAGAAGCAGCAAGUUAAAUCUGAGGAUAUGAAUGCUGCUGAGACUGGAGAAAAGUCUGAUAAUUGCAUUGAAGCAGUGACUGAAAAUGUUCCUAAAAAGAAGAAAAAGAAAAGAAGACAAGAAGGCAUUAUUUCUAGUGCUGUUGAUGUCAAUGUAUGUUCCAGCAAUGAAGAAAAUAUUCAUUACAAACCAGUAGAUAGUGAAAAAACAGAGAAAAGGAAGAAGAAAAAAAAGUGCACUGACUCUGCCACUGAAGAAAACAGCAUAAGUGACUCUGCUCUUGAUUCAAAUAGGAAAAGUAAGAAAAAGAAAAGGAAAUAUAUAGAUGUGAAUGAAGAAAUUUGUUCCCAAAAUGGUGAAGUUCAGGAGCACCAUGAGAUAGAAAAGAAAAAGAAGAAAAAGAAAGACAAUUCAUGAACUUUUGAUAUACCACAUGGAAUGAAGUAGAACAAGGGUCUUACCAUUGUGAGCAAAAGAAAAAGAUGAACAGAGAAAACCAUAUCGAAUACUGACAACUUGGGUGAAGAUUAUUUCCCUGAGAUUUUACAAGGGUUUAAGACUGAGCAGUUGGUCAGUGAAUUCGCUCACCUAAGCAAAGCUACACGACCAGUGGGUGUGUCUGUAAACCACGGCGAAAGAAAAACUCCCUGCCGAGUAGAUGCCUCGGGAAAGCUAUUUUGUCAGAUCACUGUCCCUGUGAAUGGAUUUCUUUUUAAAUAAAUCUUAACUACACGA